UUAAGCAUGCGUCAUUGAGGAGUGACAUUUUGUGAGCUAAAUUUGAAACUGAGAAAAAUAGCAGACACGAUUGUGAAUUCGUAUUUCUGAAGCGCCUCCACAAAAUCUCGUAAUAAACGAGACACAGUAUAUCUCAAAGAUGGCUGCAUGUCUUAUCAUGACUUGAAUCUGGAAAAUGUAUUUACUUUUCAGUCAUACACGUAUCAUGUUGAAAGUGGAUGGGUGGUUGCUAUCGCAAGAUGAAAUAUUUUUGCGGCUAGUCUAACAAGUGCGAUGGCGGACGAGGAUGCCGAACGACAUGCCUUAGAUGUUUGCCAGUCAAUGAUUGACAUUUCUGCUAAUCGCUUAGAAGGAUUGAGAACACAAUGUGCAACGAGUGCAGAACUUACACAGCAAGAAAUCAGAACGUUAGAGGGAAAACUGAUAAAGCUCUUUUCAAAACAACUGGUUACGAAAGCAAAACUUGGAGAUUCACUCCCACCUGAGAUAAGACAUCUGCCAUCUCUAAGACAGUGGUUAUUGGUUGUAGGUCUCAGCCCUGAAUCCAUAAAGGCUGUUUGCGAGAAAGUGAUAUCCUUAGAAGCAUUAAGAGAGAGAUCAGAAAGGGAGAUAAGGAUGUUGGUUCUUGACAGAAAUGUGUGCAAUUUGUCAUAUGAAGAGAGGACUGCAAGGGAGGAAGAAGUCAGAAGGCUCAAUCGUGCUCUGCAGAACCUUAGAAAAUACACUGAGGCGCUAAUGUGUGGCAAAGGAGUGGUGGGAGAAGAGAUGACCUUGUACUGGGAUUCAUGGGACAGGCACCAGGUACUGAAAGGCAGCAGUAACUCAUCACCAAGACCUCCCAGAACCAGAGCAUCACGUUCUUCAGUUCCUUCUGAGGAUUUCUUGCAACAGAGUGGGUCAGGUGGUAGCAGUACACUCACUGGUUCAGGAUCUGUGUCAUCGCUGCCUCGCUAUACACCACCCAACACUCCGCCUAUAAGCAAGAGUCGCUCAGGUGAACGUGUGAAGUUUCCAACAACACCACCACCACGCAAAAAGCACCAGACUGGACUCCUGCCUGAAGCGUAUCCCCUAACCAAGUCAAAGAGCCACGAGUCUCAGCUGGCAAAUCGGGUGGAUGGAGGAGACAGCAGUGGUGCAAGCAAUGAGCAUAUUCCAGGAACAGGUGGUAGGCUGAUGCGCCGUGGUCGGUUGCCAACAGAGCCAGGACCCAACUGCAGUAGUGAUCUAAUUGGCCAAGAAAACACCUCGCCCCAGCUUGGCAGCCCCUCAAGAGCUCCUCCUAGUCCAGCAUUGCCUGAUGACCCCUCCAAUAAGGCAACACUUCAAGUUCCAAAGUCUCCAAGGACACCCACAGUUUCACGUGGAAUGGGUCACAUGAUUGCACAUCGCUUCACAAAAGCAUUUAAAGUGAUGACAACUUGUGAUUACUGUGACAAGCAGAUGUUCUUAGGCACAGGUCUGAAAUGCAAGGAGUGCAAAUAUAAAUGUCACAGGGAAUGUGAAAGCAAAGUGCCCCCAAGUUGUGGCUUACCUAGGGAAUUCCUUGAUGAAUUUCGUCGGCAGUUGCAGCCAGAUGCAGUAUUCACAUCUAACCAGUCUCCAAGCUCCGGGCGACCAAGUCAGUCUUCUCCAAGUCAUCACCCAUCGGUGCUGUUGACGUCGUUUGGAUGGAGAGACCGUAAACGUUCACAUCCACAGCCUUCUGUUAAUGUUCAAGCAUUUCCGGGUCCUGACUCAAGUUCAAACACAUCUUCUUGUAACAGCUCAACGCCAUCAAGUCCGGCACUUGUCAUGACAGCCCAUACCCCUCAUGCUGCUUCUAAACAACAAUUUCAUUUUCCAGAUGUGAAUUCGCAGCCUGAGAAGGGUGUCACCUUAGAGACACAUCCGUUGGCUCCUUCUGCAUCGACUCCAGUUAGUAGUUCUUCCGUCAUUACAAAUACUUCAGUAAAGACGACAGAGACGGUGGAGAGUAAUGACCUUGCAGACACGUCAAAGUCCAAUGAGAGUGAGCGUACUGUGUCCGGUAGUGACAGUGAACGUACACCUGUGCGGGUCGACUCCCAGGAUAGUCAAGUGUCUGACGGGGAAGCAGUCGAACGAACCUGGCCCAGACAAAACAGUCUUUCAAUGAGGGAGUGGGAUAUCCCAUUUGAUGAAUUGAAGAUGGGUGAGCCAAUUGGUACUGGAAGGUUUGGAACUGUGUACCGUGGGAACUGGCAUGGUGACGUGGCCAUUAAGGUUCUCAACACACACCACCUGGAUGAUGAGAAGACACUUGAGGCCUUCAAGCUUGAGGUUGCAACAUUCCGGAAGACAAGGCAUGAAAACCUGGUUCUUUUUAUGGGUGCUUGUAUGAAGCCACCACGACUUGCCAUAGUGACAAGUAUGUGUAAAGGAAUGACGCUGUAUACACACAUACAUUUGCGUAAAGACAAGUUCAAUAUGAACAAAACCACUAUUGUUGCUCAGCAGAUAUCUCAGGGAAUGGGAUACCUUCAUGCAAGAGGCAUCAUUCACAAAGAUCUGAAGAGCAAGAAUAUAUUCUUAGAAAAUGGGAAGGUUGUGAUCACUGACUUUGGCUUGUUCAGUGUUACAAAGCUGUGCUAUGGAAAUAGGAAAGGUGAUGGCUUGAGCAUCCCUCCAGGAUGGUUGUGCUAUUUGGCUCCUGAAAUUGUUCGGAGUCUACGGGCAAGACAAAAGCCUGAUGAAGAAGAACUGCCUUUCACCAAGGCUUCAGAUGUCUAUGCUUUUGGGACGGUAUGGUAUGAACUGCUAUGUGGUGAAUGGCCGUUCAAGGCACAGCCUCCUGAAGCCAUUAUUUGGCAAGUGGGAAAAGGAAUGAAGCAGUCACUAGCAAAUUUGCAGGCCUCCAGAGAUGUCAAAGACAUCCUGAUGCUUUGCUGGUCCUUCCGACCUUCGGAUAGACCAGAUUUCACUUUGCUCCUCAAGACACUGGAAAAGCUGCCAAAGAAGCGCCUAGCACGCAGUCCGUCACAUCCUAUCCACCUGUCACGCUCCGCGGAAUCUGUGUUCUGAUGCUAUCUAUUUAUUGCAGUAGCCCUGUAUUAGCUUUUCUGCAUACAAGAUUAUCAUCACAGCAGACUGAAUGCAUGUGCUCAGAAAGUUACCGUAUCAUCGUGUGUACAGUACUUCUCUCUUUGUUAAUAUUAUUAGGAAUGUGGGACGGGUUGUUAUAAUUGUGUUGAUUAUUAAAAGAUUAACUUGUUUUUUACUUCAUAAUACAAAAAGCCAUUGAUAACGGAGACUAUAUACUCAAUAAUUUGUCUUUUUCAGCAGCCUUGCCAUAAUAUUAUCUGUUCGUAAAUUCUCACAGUGAAACCUCAUUUUUACAUUUCCUUUGUAACGCGGGUCUAGUUGUGUAUUUGUAACUUAAAAAGUCAAGUAGGUACCAUGUAAGAAUGAGAUUGUUUACAAAGGAAUACAAAUAAUUGUAAUGAAUGCUUGGCACGUAUGACUUUAAUCUGAAAGUUCUUUCUUCAGUCGUUUUAAUUACAGACCUACUAUUAAAGGUUUUUCUGAUCAGCUUACAUAGAUCCACCAAAAAAAGUCUCUCUUCUCUUUCCAUUCAGUAGAUCACUUUCUGGCUUCAUCUGUAUUUCACAUCACAUUUAGUGUUAGUAUAGACAUGUCAAUACAUAAAACUAAAUUCAGGAUUGCUGGAAUACAGAUUAUGUGCCGUCAACAAAAUAUUGAGUUAUUCCCCCUAAAAUGGUAUAAUUACUUAGAUAAAAUCCAUCUGGGAUGUUAACCAUCCCAGAUUUUGUUAAAAUUUUGUGUACAUGUUUGUUAAAUUUCCAUAGAAAGAUAAAUACAUGUCAAUUGCACGGAUUCCAAUACUUCAUAAAAAUGAGUAUCAAAAUGUCAUGGCGACAUUUCAAAAAUUGUGACAAAGUUUGGAGUUCUGUAAAUCACUGAAUAAUUCUAAUGAAGCUGCAAAACAUGGCAAGAUGACUGAAAAUUGGCAAUGUGCACGUUGUAUAAGUUUUGUUAUUUGAUCCUAUAUUUUUACUCCAAUUAGUCAAGAAAUUUUGUUAAUACAAAAUUUCUCCUAAUUAGCUUCAUCUUUUCAUAUGAUUGGUGUCUGAAUCUCCCCUUUUGCACCAAUGUUGUGUAGUUGUGUGUUCAUAAAGCAUGCAAAUUUCAUCACCAUUAGAUUUUUAGUUUUUGAGAUUUAAGGGGCCGAAGUUGACCAAAAAAAAGUUAUUUUCAUGUCUUUGUGUCUCAUAAAGAAGCACUUUCUAAACUAGCUGUGAGGCUACAUAACAGGGAGAAAUUUUUUGCAGAAAACAUAUAUGAUACUCCUAUUGGUACUUGACGCAAUGACAGAGAAUCAAAUGACACAAAACUUACAGUAUGUGCACAAUGCAAACUGUUGAACCUUUCUGACAAGUUUUUCAGCUUUACAACAAUCGUUCUUUGAAACACUGCACAUCAAACCAGGCUGAAAUAUUUGAAAUGUCAUGAAAUUGUCUUCCUUCACUUAAAUGGUUACUACUCAGACUAUUAAAAUUUGUGAAUUAGAUACGCAUUUAUUUUACUUUGGUAAUUUAGCAUACCUGCACACACAAUUUGAACAGUAUCUGAGAUACUUAGUGGGGAUCCCUAUUCCAUUUGAUAUGGAAUCAAUGCCAUCUGAAAUGUGAAAAUCAUAUUGUACAUUCAACUCACAUACCAAGCAUUUCACUCUUGUGCACAGCUGGUUCAAGCAAUUUACCCCUUUAAUGAGAACAAGACUUGUCUGUGAAAGUGAGAACAGCUAAAUUGGUGCUCGUAAACACACCGUUUUUUUUUUUUUU